ACGACAGUUGUAGCGGAAUACGGCAUCGGUAGUCGGCAUGUUGCUCGGUCUCGCCUUACAGAACAUAAACAUUCACACUUUCUAAGUCAUCUGUCCGGUGAAUGGAGACGGUGAGACUGCAUCGCAUGUCUGAAUAUAUUGAUGACUCCAGGGAGCUUUAUGAUGUCACUGCAUGUUUGUGCGCUCUGGCAGGAAGUGGCUGUCCAUGGCUCAUACCUGUGACUUCCUGUGCAUGAAUAACAGCCGCCACUGAACCCACCAAUCACUCCUCAGAUCACACCUGCACCCAACAGGAUGGCGGAGGCCGUGGCGAACGUUGCCCGGAGAAUAAACGCCACCAUGGAAGAGGGGAGAGACUCGCUGGAUCUGUCCGACUGCGGCCUCGUGAGUUUCCCUGACGGCGUCUUCAAAAUGAUCCGCAGCUGCACUGACAACAUCCACAAGAUCUCUCUGGCCAACAACCAGAUCAAGGCCUUGAGCAACAAGUUCUUCCUCACGUUUACACAGUUGAGAGAGGUGGAUCUGCAGGGAAACGUCCUCUCGACGCUGCCGGAGGCGGUCGGCAACAUGGAGCACUUGGUCAGCAUCAACCUCUCCAAAAACAAGCUGAUGGUUUUCCCCGAGCGCCUGACGGACGUGAGCAGCCUCCAGCACAUCAGCGUGGAGGGGAACCAGAUCACAGAAUUACCAAUGGAGAAGCUGUCGCUCAUGCCGUCACUGAGGAGUCUGGAUGUGAGAUGUAACCCUCUGACAGCAGACGCCGCGUCUUUCUCGCAUCAUUUCACUCUCCUGACCUAAACACGUGGUAAAGGAAGAUGGGGAACAACGCUUCCGGCUCUUUCUGAUGCUGCUGUUUCGUUUUCAUGCACUGGACCGCAUGCUGUGCCUCAGUUUUUCAAUAAAUAUUUAUUAAACUGUG